AAAAUCUAGAGUUAUUUAAAAACCAGCUCGGUUAUUUACCUGUAAUAUCACAGUGUUGAUAAAAUGCUAUUUAAGCAAUUAUAAUGGCGUUAUUAAGGUAACACUCUCGCGCGUCGACUCCGUUCCGCACGCCAGCUGUUGCCGGGGUGAGCGGUGGGAGUGGUCCGGCCCGGGUGUUCCGGCCGCCCGGUCCUCUCCACUGAACUCCAACCCCCGCGCUCUCUAUCAGCAUCUCAUUCCUGUCUCAAUAUGUCUCAAGAUGGCGGCCAAUGCAGGAUCGAUGUUUCAAUAUUGGAAGCGCUUUGACUUACAACAACUACAGAAAGAACUAGACGCCACUGCCACACAGCUUGCCAACAGACAGGACGAGAGCGAACAGUCCAGGAAGAAGCUGAUCGACCUGAGCCGCGAGUUCAAGAAGAACACACCAGAGGAUUUACGGAAACAGGUCGCCCCCUUGCUCAAGAGCUUCCAAGGAGAGAUCGAUGCCUUGAGUAAGAGAAGUAAAGAAGCAGAGGCCGCCUUCUUGAACGUCUACAAGAAAAUAAUCGAUGUCCCAGAUCCUGUACCUGUGCUGGAGCUGGCUCAGCAGCUGCAGCUGAAGCUCCAGAGGAUGCACGACAUUGAGACUGAGAACACCAAACUUCGAGAGACACUGGAGGACUACAACAAAGAGUUUGCAGAGGUCAAAAACCAAGAGGUCACCAUCAAGGCCCUGAAGGAGAAGAUCCGAGAGUACGAGCAGUCUCUGAAGAAUCAAGCCGAGGACCUGGCCCAAGAAAAGCAGCUCCAGCUACACAACGACUAUGCAGAGAAGGAGAGGAAACUCCAGGAGAGCCAGGACUCCAUGUCCUCGAGGUUGGAAGAGGCUGAACACAAGGCCCAGUCCCUACAGACAGCACUUGAAACAACUCAGGCCGAGCUCUUUGAUUUGAAGACAAAGUAUGACGAGGAAUCCACAGCAAAGGCCGAUGAGAUUGAGAUGGUGAUGACAGACCUGGAAAGAGCCAAUCAGCGGGCAGAGGCAUCUCAGAGGGAGGCGGAGUCACUCAGAGAGCAGUUGUCCUUGAGUAACCAAUCCCAGCAGCUCGGCAGCCCGGCCAAGGCCGACCCCGACACGGAACAGGUGGCGGAGGUGGCAUCCCACUCAAGUCUGGAGGCGGAGCUCAGAGCCAAAGAAAGGGAGACCGCCCAGCUGGUGGAGGACGUCCAGAGACUGCAGGCCAGCCUGACCAAACUCCGAGAGACCACCAGCUCCCAGAUCACACAGCUAGAGCAGCAGCUCAACAGCAAGACUGCCAUUCUCAAGGAACUGGAAGAGAAACUGCUGAAGCAAGCUGACUAUGAAGAGGUGAAGAAGGAGCUGAGUAUCCUCAAGUCUAUGGAGUUUGGAACAUCUGACUCUGUUCAGGACUCAUCCAAACCUCUGGAGGUGCUGUUGCUGGAGAGGAACCGUAGUCUUCAAUCUGAGAGCGCCGCUCUGCGCAUUGCAAACACUGAGCUCAGCGGGUCAGCCGGGCGAAAAAGGACAGAAGAGUCCUCAACGAAGGAGGAGACCAUGCCCAGCGAUCCCUCUUCCUCGCCCCCUCCCUCUCUUCCUUCCUCCUCCCAGCUCCCACUGUCUCGCACUCACACGGACCCCCUCAACACUGCCACCACCACCAGCAGUGGCGAAACACACCCUUUCACUCCUACGGGCAUUGGACAGGACUUCUACUCCCCUGUGUUCCCUCUGGUGGGUGGUAAGAUGGCUUUGAACUCCCUGAUCCAGCGGCAGCUCCUCCAGACCUUCUACUCCAAAGCCUUGCAGGAGUCGUCUGGAAUCCCCAGUGGGGCUCUACUGUUCACCCCCUUUACACCAACCCUCAGCUCCAUCCCUACCUCCACCCCUGGCUCUGGGUCUGCUUCCAUCCCUCUGGCAGCCAGCAGCCCCCAGCCACCUCCAGCCAGCCCAGAUAUGGCUCCCGUUAAUGGGAGCAGCACCGCUGGCAGCGCCCCGUCCCCAUCACCCAGCCACUCAGACGCUACCACGGGGAGUGUUUUGGACGGGGAGGACAUGGACACGGCAGAGAUUGCCCGACAGGUGAAAGAGCAACUGAUCAAGCACAACAUCGGCCAGCGCGUGUUUGGCCACUAUGUGCUGGGACUGUCCCAGGGUUCGGUCAGUGAGAUUCUGGCCAGACCAAAGCCGUGGAACAAGCUAACCAUCCGGGGGAAGGAGCCAUUCCACAAGAUGAGGCAGUUCCUCGCCGAUGAGCAGAACAUCCUCGCACUGCGCAGCAUCCAGGGACGGCAGAGAGAGGGCUCAGGCCAGCCCCAGCUUAGCCGAAUGUUUCAGGAUGUUCCGAAGCGGAGAGCCCUCUCCAAUACAGCUUCACACACAGGUAACAUUACUGCCCGCGUCCGCACCCCAGAGGCAGGUUCAGAUGAGGCUAUCAAGUCCAUUCUGGAGCAGGCGAAAAGAGAGCUGCAGGUGCAGAAAGCUGACUUGUCCCAUGUUCCGCCAUCAUAUACAGGACUGAAAGGAGGGGGCAGAGUAGGUAGUGUAGGGGGAAGCGGUUCAGACGAAGCCAUCCGCUCCAUCCUAGAGCAAGCUCGCCGAGAGAUGGAGGCCCAGCAGGCGUCACUGGAGCCCCUCCUCAAAGCCUCGUCUUCCUCCUCCUUAGCAUCGCUAUCUCAGAGGGACCUCCUGAACUCUCACCUCACGGCCCCCCUGCCCCCUUACAACCCCCUGGCACUUUCCCUCAAGAAGACCCCCUGCUCCCUCUUGUCCUCGCCCUCAUCCCCGUCUCCAAUCCUCGACUUCAGCUCCAGCGUGAAGAGAGAGGGCAGGGGCUCUUCAGGGUUCGACUUUUCUGCUGACGGCGCUCUCAGGCUGAGUCGUAGCAAUGAGAGCUCGGCCCGCUCUGGAAGCUCCGGGGGAGUGGGUUACUGGAGGGAGCAGUGGUGGAGCAACAUGCACACAGACCCCCGCAGGACCAUAUCGAGCCAGACAGGAGAGGAGAACCACAACCUGGAGGACUCCAAAGAGGGAAUAUUGAGUGACAGCCUGUCUCGGCACAAACCCUGGAACAAGUUGAACCAGAGGAGCAGAGAGCCAUACCUCCGCAUGCAGCCAUGGCUCAAUGGAGAUCAGGGGCAAAACACACACAUCCAGCCUGCUCAGAACCAAGCAGAGGGUACUCCCAAGACAUCAGCGAGCUGCAGCCCCGCUCCAGAGUCGCCCCUCAGUUCAACUGAAGAGUCUGUCAACGGUCUCGCCGGGGAUCCACUCGCUUCACAGUCCUCCAGUCUCAAACCUCUGUCUGAGGAUCCCUCCGGUGGGGAGUCUCAGCCCGGCACCCCACUGCCUGUACCUGGUCACUCAGGUCUCAGCAUCCAAGAGAUGGUGGCAAUGUCUCCUGAGCUUGAUACUUACGCCAUCACCAAGAAGGUUAAGGAGGUGUUGACUGAUAAUAACCUUGGCCAGCGUCUGUUUGGGGAGACUAUCCUGGGUCUGACUCAGGGUUCUGUCUCAGACCUGCUGGCCAGGCCCAAACCUUGGCACAAGCUCAGCCUGAAGGGCAGGGAGCCCUUUGUCCGCAUGCAGCUCUGGCUCCAGGACCCGCACAGUGUGGAGAAACUCAUGGACAUGAAGCGCCUGGAGAAGAAAGCCUACAUGAAGAGGCGGCUGAGCUCCCUGAGUGACAGCCAUUCUGUGGAAGGGGUCUUGGUGGGGACAGAUUACCUGCAGGGCGCCCAGAGCCCAGGGCAUCAGCAUUUGAAGAAGGCCAGGGUGGUGUUGGGCCCUGAGGAGAAGGAGGCCCUAAAAAGGGCGUACCAGCAGAAACCCUACCCCUCCCCCAAAACCAUUGAGGAGCUGGCCUCCCAGCUCAACCUGAAGACCAGUACAGUCAUCAACUGGUUCCAUAAUUACAGGUCACGUAUCCGGCGAGAACUUUUCAUAGAGGAGAUCCAGGCAGCUGGAGGGGUAGUAGGAGGGCCUGGCAGCGAGGGGGGAUCUCCUUCCCUCCGUGGGUCCAAAUCAGGAGAAGGGGACAGCUGUGAUGGGACAGAAUCUGAGGGCACGGUGGAGAUACGCCAGGGACUGGGGAUUGGCCUGGAGGAUCACAGAGGAGCAUGCAAAGACCAUGAUAUGGAGGCUGAGUCUGAGGCAGGGGGCUCUAAUAACUCCCCUGCUCAGCUAGACUGCACCACCUCAGGCUUAGUCGGGCCGGGCUCCAGCUGUGGACUGGGGCUCUUCAGCCUCACAGAAGCGUCCUCCAGUAGCCAUGCCUCUAGUACAAACAUCCCAGCCUCUGGCCCUGCCAGAAACCCCAGGGACAACAAUCUGCGCAAGAAGAAAGCAGCCAAUCUCAAUAACAUCAUCCACAGGCUGGAGAAGGCUGCCAGCAAAGAGGAUCCCUCAGAGUGGGAGUUCUAGCUCCCCCUGACCAUCCUUCAUCCCUCUUGUUUCAUAACCUCACGACCUCUAACCUUGGACCCCUCCUGCUCUGUUCCAGUUGGAGAGUGGACACAGCCAAAGUCAAGCUCAGCAGCCAUUUUUAUUAAAUAGAAGCUUUCCCAAAAGAGGAAAGAAACAAAGAGUGGUUGGCAAAACCCUUAAAAAGAAGAUUUACUGAAUACCUAGAAGAACAAAAUAAGAGAACUUAAGUGUCUCUCCUUUUUUUUAAACUGAGUUUUGUUUUUGUACUGAGAAAAGCACUUAGCCGUCCUGCUGGCCUCCGGCCCUGCUGUACCUCCCCCUAUCACCAGCCACUGGUGCACCAGACUGGUUAGUCCUGAGCUGGGGUCUGACCCACAGCUGGGGUUGAAACCUGGACUCAGUAACACAGGCAAGGCCUGACACAGCAGCUGUCACAGUGAUAGACACUGAUAGAUGAUAGAUAGAGACAGGAACUCUCUUACAAGAACUCUCACUUUCUUAAAGGAGAUUUUUUCCGCUCUUCUUCUCACCUCCCAAGUGUCCACAAACCUCCCCUCACUCAGUGAGACGCCUCAUUUUUCACACUGUAGAGUGACUGUUACAAACCCUUUGCCUUUUUCACUCACUGCGUGUGUGUGUGCGUGUUUGUAUGUUAGGGGUUGUGUCAGUGUGCACCUGUGUGUGUGUGCGGGGUUGUGUGUGUCCACACCCUAAAAUGGUGUGUGUGUGUGUGUGUGUGUGUGUGUGUGUGUGUCUCUUCUCAAUGGCAGCAUGUUUUCUUUUUUAUCUCACUCCUACACUCUUAAGAGGGUAGUGGAAGGCCUGCCGGCUGAGCUGCCAUGGUUACUGAUGUAAGAAAGAUGAACUUUGACCUGUUGUGUCCCAUAUCCUAUCCUGCUGACAGCCAUGUGAUGGCCAGAAGGAUCUAUAAUUCCUCACAAACACACGCACUCAUCUGAAGAGGAAGGACGGAAGGAAAGAAGGAAGGAAGGAACCCUCUUUUUGCCUCCUCAAACCCUUCUUUCAAGGAUGAAGGAUGAUCUCUUUUUUUUUAAAUAUUGCAAUUUGGUUGCCAAUAAGAGAUUGCAAAGUCUAUUGACUCUAAAGAGUACAAAAUAGGGAAUUUUAGGAAGCAUUUUUAAUUAGUACAAAAUGAGAACAGAAAAUAAGAGAAUAACAAGUUACUGUUUUUAAAAGAGAAAAAAAAUACAAAUUAGAAUGGAUUAAUGUUGCAUUGUUGAAAUACGAUACAAUGAAUUUCACGUAGUACUGUAGCUGUCUGACAUGGUGAUACUUUGCGUGUCUCUCGUUGUUUUAGGUUGUGCACGUCACAGCUUUGCCCAGCACUGGACCUGCUGGGUGCGUGUGAGAGUGUAUGUGUGUGUGUGAGCGUUCAUGUGUAUGUGUGUAUGUGCACCACCGACAAAUUUUCUCUGUUCACAAACACACAUCUUUUUAUAGGCCAAAUCAGGAAGAGUGUGUGCGCAUCUGUCUGUGUGUUAGUAUUUGUAUUUGCCUGCAUGAAAGUCAGGGUCGAGGUCAAUUCACUCAAAGUAAAAUUUGAGAAGUAGAUUAAUAAUAAUGAAAUUCAUGACUGAAAAAAAAAAAAGACCAGACACAGUUUUAUGGAAAUGAAUUGCAAUGUACAGAACUUGAUGAAUCUGUAGUUUCUGUCGAUCGCCGUCAAAGUGAAUUCACCACAAUCCUGGUGCGAGCAGUUUCCACUCUCCUCCAGUCUGAUCCUGUAUCCAGGGAUGUUAAGUCUUUUUGCAUUGAAUUCUACUGUAUACACUACAAAUUCUAAGGCAUAUCACCUCCUCCCUGCCCCACACAAGCCCUCAGUGCCUGUCAGCCCACUGCCUCCCCUUUGUGUGUGUGUGUGUGUGUGUGUGUGUGUGUGUGUGUGUGUGUGUGUGUGUGUGUGUGUGUGUGUGUGUGUGUGUGUGUGUGUGUGUGUGUGUGUGUGUGUGUGUGUGUGUGUGUGUGUGUGUGUGUGUGAAUGUGCGUCUGUGAGGGUGCAUGUACACGCAUGCUCGUCGCGUGUGCACAAGUGUGUGCGACUGCGGAGUGUCUCGUGUUUCCAAUGAGUGGGGUCAUAUUUCGUAUCUACUUGCACACACUACUAGUGCACAACUGACACCCUUCUUUAAGCUGUUUGAUGCGUUACCAUUACAUUAAUCUUAUCACAAAGUAGUGUAAUACUAUGAUUUACUGUAGCUUGGUUUUAUUGCUAUUUUGCAUUUAUAGUUUGGUUUUUAUUCUGCUUAUUUAUAGGUGCUGUAUUUUUCAUUUAAUGUCUUAUCAUUUGAGUUGUCUAUUUUUUAAGGGAUUAUACUGUUCCUGAGGGCAAGUAACAUUUUUAUUAGACGUAUAGACUGCCGGCAGUAUUGGUUAAUAUUUACAAAGAUGUACUAGUUCUCAUUUGUUUGUAUAUUCAUGAAUCCUAAAGUUUAGUGUCAUUUCAAUAGCUUUGAAAAAAUGUGUUUGCUACAGUCCAUGCUCCCGUAAGCAUUAAGCUUUUACCACGACAGUUAUGCUCUUAAAUCGCUAGCUAGAGAAUCAAAGGACAUAUCAAGAUCAGUGGAUAUAUGAUAGCAUAUCUCUUUUCCUGUUUUCUAUUCUCCGAUCACGUUUUCUUUACUUUUUAUUUGGCUGUUUCUUGGGCAAGCCCGACACUAACGCUCGGCAGGGCAUGCAGCUUUCUUUAAGAGUUCGACCGCGCGUUAAUCACAUCGACGUAACGAACAGGUCCAAGUGUAUACACUUUGUCCAAUAGGUCAAAUGAAAUUAACCUAAACUUGAGAACGCGUGUUAAACUUGAAAGAGGUCAUAUCUGCCAAAUUGAGAUUAGAGAAGUGUACCAGCUGGCAGGUGUGCUACGCCAGAUUGAAGCGAGAUAGCCAGCCUAUGAUUAUGCAGAAUUUCUAUUGCAGUCCGUAACAAAGCACUUAUUAGGAUCUUUUUUGAAGACUUAACCGUGGACAGGGUCUGUAAACACUACAGCAGAGCGCGGUCCCGGGAUCCUGGGAAAUGUUUGCCUUUUUUAAAAAAGUGGUUGUGAACCAAGCACAGACUCUUAUCCGCAUCCGAACACUAAAAAAAAGAAAUAUUCAAGCAUAAGAUCGCUGUCCCCCUGUUUUCUACACGAUGAACUGAAUACAGCUGCCCCCUCAUUUCAAACUAUAGACAGAAACAUUGUCCUGUACACUUGUAGAUAUUAUGAGUUUUUAUCUCGGUCCAUCCUCAAACCUCCGCUUUCCCUGAAUCUAUAUCCAGAUAUAUUCAAAAGUUACUGAUAAUCUCAUUGCACUGCAUUAAGAUGCAUUUGUUAAAAUUGGAUUUUGUGAUGCAUCUAAUAAUUCCUAAUAACUCCUCAAACAUUGGCUCUUCCUGAGGACGACGGAUGUAAAACACAUCAGGUCUCCUGCAGAAUAACGAAAGCUCGCUGCCUUCUGUUGGACGAGCUCGGACUGGACAACCACAGUAUGUUUUAUGGUGAUGAAUAGCUACUGUAAAGUAAAAGCACUUAACCCAUCAGCCAUUUUAUAGCCAGAUCCAUCAACUCACCUAAACCACGUGAGAUCAUCAGAUUUGUGCCUUUAACUGCCAAGCAGGGCACCAAACUUGUGAUGUCAUUAGAUGUGGACGACUUCGCCUGAUUUCUUCAUAACUCGUCUUGAUCCGAAAUUCAUUUCUCGCACACUUCGUAGUGGUACUUAAAAGUCAACUUUUCCUCAGCCCUCCGCAGAGGGUUGUAUAUAAUUGCUGGAGUGCAGUGAAACCGAUAAAAAAAAAAAGAGAAAAAACAAGCUCGUGUAUUCUUAUGACUGACCUGCAGACGCGUUCCGGUCCGGGUCUUAUUUCAGACAGUUGUUUUCCCACAAUGCAUUUCUUACGUUGUACAUAACCUAACUAGCGGCGAGAAAAGGCCAGAGCAUCGAAUGAAGGAGGAAGCAUGCAGAAACAGCGUACACUGUAAUAACACUGAAUUUAUUUCAUAGGGCAUUUUGUAUUUUUCUGUUUGUGUCAGGUUUGCUGUGACAUUAAUAACGGCACUACAGGUAUUGAUAAUGACGUGUGCCAAUUCUAAUGGUUAUUUGGAAAAGAGACGUGUAAAUACGGUCGAUCAAGUAGCUAUUGAUUCACUAUUGUCACAGUAUGCUUUUUGUUCGAAGGCAGGAGGAGAGAAGGGACGAUUCAGGACUUUUCCAUGAUCCACAGAUAUUUUUCUACAAAUUUAAAUCAGAUGAUUCUAUACACUGUUGAAUAACAUUGUAAAGGUGUAACAGAUGCUGUAUAUCAUAUCAUGUUUUCUGAAGUCGUAAAGCUUUACUGUAUGAUCUGUUGAAGUAGUGGUUAUUCAUUUGACAUAUUAGUUGUAAUGGAAGCCCGAACAGCAGCACUGGUCACCAUAUUCAGGAAAAAAAAAAAUGAAAGAAAAGAAAAAAAAACCUCAGAUGUUUUUUGUAAUACUUUUAGAAUAUAUCUUAUGAAGUGGGUUUUGUAAGGAAACACUUUCCAAAUCAGUGGUGCUGUAUGCAUAGCACACUCAGUAAUACAUACACACACAACACAGCACAAUACACUCAUCCUCUAACCCCCUUCUCCACUUUACUCACGUGCUUUUGUUUUUUUCCCCCGCUCACCUCUUACAUUGUCUCCGGCUGAUUUUUUUAAGUCUUAAACCAUUUCCUCUUUAUCUCCUCUCGGUUUUUUCUCCCCCAUCGACUGUACAACGUUCGACUCUGGAACGAUAAAACAUUGCAGCGAAAAACUCACAAGACUUUAAAAAAAAGAAGAAAAAAAAAAAGAGGAAGCAAAAAGCCAAAUGGUGAAAUAGUUCUCCACCUCUGUCGAAAGGUUGCUGACAGUUUUUCUCUCUGUUUGCUGCUACCUAGUGUCGUCGCUUCAGUUCACCCCAUAGCUUAAACCACAGUGUAGUCUGACAACCAAAUGACCCGGGGAGAUCUUCACCCCCCCCCCCACACCCCCUGUUUGGAAAGCUUUAAGAUGCUUGUUGAGGCUUUAUCAAGUUCAGAGUGUUUGACGAUGAUAUUUCACAGCUUAUCAUCAACAAUGUGGAAGUAAUAAUUCUCGUAAUAACCUGUCCCACUGCUUAUUUUUGUGAGUGUGUGCGCGUACGUGUGUGUUGUAGUACAAAAGGCUGCAUGACUGUAAAGGGAUGGUUAAAGAUGUUGUUUUUUUUAUUUUAAAUGUUGUUUCCCGAGCACUUCUGUCACUCCUGAGAUGCUUCUUUUUUUGUCCUUCGGGGUCUCCCUCCCUUUUGUUUCCCCCUCAUGUAUCAUCGUUUUCUUUAUCUUUCUAUUUACUAAACGUAUCAUGUUGUCUGUUCUCAGCACUGUAAAACAGUCCCUUCUACAACAUUGAAAAGCAAUAUCACUGUAUGAAACGUUCACAAUGUAUUUGUUAUGAUUGACAUUUGAUUCAUCAUCAUUAUUAUUCACAUGCACCCUAGGUGUGAUAAUUGAAGUAAAUCUCUUUUAUACAAAUACUAAAA